CCCUUGCUUUUGGUGAUGGUUGUGAGUGCAGAAGUUGAUUGACAGAUGCAUGCCAGAAACCCCCAUUCUCCUUUUCAAAGACAACAUAUGAUGGAUUGCGAUCUCUCAGCGCAGCAGGACACGGGGACCAUGCAAGCUGUAAUUGGUCAGGAUCCAAUGAUAGCUGGACAAGUCAGUAAGCCCUUGCUGUCAGUGCGGAGUGAAAUGAAUGCGGAGUUGAGAGGUGAGGACAAGGCUGCUACUUCAGACAGCGAGCUGAAUGAGCCCCUGCUUGCGCCUGUGGAAUCAAAUGACAGCGAGGACACUCCCAGCAAGCUCUUCGGGGCCAGAGGAAACCUGGCACUAUCAGAGCCAGGCACUCCUGACCAACACCAGGCCAGUCAGACCCACCCCCCAUUUCCAGUUGGGCCACAGCCACUUCUGACGGCACAGCAGUUAGCUUCUGCUGUGGCUGGCGUGAUGCCGGGAGGCCCCCCAGCCCUCAACCAGCCAAUCCUCAUUCCCUUCAACAUGGCGGGACAGCUAGGAGGCCAGCAAGGACUGGUUCUCACACUGCCAACAGCGAAUCUCACCAACAUCCAAGGGCUGGUGGCAGCAGCUGCAGCCGGAGGCAUUAUGACUCUGCCAUUGCAAAAUCUACAAGCUACCUCAUCCCUGAACUCCCAGCUCCAGCAGCUCCAGCUCCAGCUCCAGCAGCAGCAGCAGCAGCAGCAGCAGCAGCAGCAGCCUCCCCCGUCAACCAACCAGCACCCGCAGCCAGCCCCGCAGGCGCCCUCGCAGUCCCAGCAGCAGCCGCUGCAGCCCACCCCACCCCAGCAGCCACCACCCACCUCUCAUCAGCCGCCAGCUCCUACAUCUCAGCUGCAACAGGCGCCUCAGCCCCAGCAGCACCAACCCCACUCCCACUCCCAGAACCAGAACCAACCAUCUCCAACCCAGCAGAGCUCCAGCCCCCCGCAGAAACCCAGUCAGUCUCCAGGACAUGGCCUGCCUUCACCGCUCACGCCACCCAAUCCUCUACAGCUGGUUAAUAAUCCACUAGCAAGUCAGGCUGCAGCGGCUGCAGCAGCCAUGAGCUCCAUAGCAAGCUCACAGGCCUUUGGCAAUGCCCUCUCCAGUCUUCAGGGGGUCACAGGUCAACUAGUUACUAAUGCACAAGGACAGAUUAUCGGGACCAUUCCACUGAUGCCUAAUCCGGGGCCAUCGAGCCAAGCAGCAAGCGGCACUCAGGGCUUGCAAGUGCAGCCAGUCACCCCCCAGCUCCUAACAAACGCCCAGGGCCAGAUCAUCGCCACAGUCAUUGGGAACCAGAUCCUGCCCGUGAUCAACACCCAGGGCAUCACGCUGUCACCCAUCAAGCCCGGCCAGCAGCUCCACCAACCCUCCCAGACGUCAGUGGGUCAAGCAGCCUCCCAAGGCAACCUUCUGCACCUGGCUCACAGCCAAGCAUCCAUGUCUCAAAGUCCCGUCCGGCAGGCUUCCUCUUCUUCCUCCUCAUCCUCCUCUUCUUCAGCUUUAAGCGUGGGCCAGUUAGUCAGCAAUCCUCAAACGGCAGCGGGUGAGGUGGAUGGGGUUAAUCUGGAGGAGAUCCGAGAGUUUGCCAAAGCUUUUAAAAUCCGGCGCCUGUCCCUUGGCCUGACCCAGACUCAGGUGGGACAGGCUCUCAGUGCUACAGAGGGCCCCGCGUACAGCCAGUCGGCCAUCUGCAGACACACCAUCCUGAGAAGCCACUUUUUCCUACCACAGGAAGCCCAAGAGAACACUAUAGCUAGCAGUCUGACAGCCAAACUGAACCCUGGCCUUUUGUAUCCUGCCAGGUUUGAAAAGCUGGACAUCACCCCUAAAAGUGCCCAGAAGAUCAAGCCGGUGCUUGAGCGGUGGAUGGCUGAGGCUGAGGCCCGCCAUCGAGCAGGUAUGCAGAACCUGACCGAGUUUAUCGGGAGUGAACCAUCCAAAAAGCGCAAGCGGCGCACCUCCUUCACACCCCAGGCCCUUGAGAUCCUCAAUGCCCACUUUGAGAAGAACACACAUCCCUCUGGGCAGGAAAUGACCGAAAUUGCUGAGAAGCUGAACUAUGAUCGAGAAGUAGUUAGAGUUUGGUUCUGCAAUAAGAGGCAAGCCCUGAAGAACACAAUUAAACGCUUAAAACAGCACGAGCCGGCCACGGCAGUCCCUUUGGAGCCCUUAACAGACUCUCUGGAAGAAAACUCCUAAAGAGAUGCCCACCCAUAAUCAGAAGCAAAAUUCACAGAAACUAAACUCCACCCUUGGGUCUCCACAACAACAACAACAACAAAAUUUAAUUUAAUUUAAAAAUAGCCCCAGUCAUCAUUACCCUUGUAAGUAAAAGACUAAGAAAACUACCAAGUGGACAGAAUGGUUUCUACUUGUCCGUUGGUUUUCCGAAAAGGAAAAAAGAAAAUUUUUUGAAAAUUUUUAAACAAGGAAUACACCACACUGAAGGUGUGUGUGGUAGGAUAGUUCCCUUCCCCCACCUGUCUCCCCCAAAGCCACUUUUUUAAUGGACUUAAAGCAAACCAAAUAACCACGUACUUUUUUCUGUAUAUUAUGAAAAUGUGAACACAUUUUAAGGAAAAAGAAAAAAAAAAACUAAACCAAAAACCAACAACGAAGGAACAAAAACUUUGAUCUGUUCAAAGCGAAUACAAGCCUGCCACCUGGAGGAAGGACUGCACCCCUUCAGGUACUAAGUGCUGAUUCACUAUGAAACCUAUUAACCAAAGUCAGAAACAUGGCAUUGCAACGCGAUCGUUCGUCUACGCUUCUCCGCGCGUAAAGUUGUGUUACAAAUUUUUACAUUUGUACUAACAGAACAAUAGGAAGCCUGAUUUCUUCCAUCUUUCCCAUCUAUUGUCUCCACCCAUGGGGUGGGUACCAUUGUUGAAGCCAUUCUGUGAGGCUCACUGUUGGGUUUUUUUGUGGGGGUGGUGGGGAAGGUGGUCGUUUUUCUUUGUCUUUCUUUUUGACAGGAGGGCAUCCUGGAUCGUGUGCCAAAGCAUUUGUUGCUUUUUUCUCACUAUGACUUGUGGGUUUGAGAAAAGAAAAUGGAGCUCGCAUUUCUCUCUUUUCCUCCAUUUCUCCAUCUCCCUCGCGCGUGGCUCCCAGGGUCUGCUGGAAGGCCACAGAAGUGGGGAGGAGCAGUGUCUUUUCCACUCAGAUCCUAGUGAAAUGCAGGAGAGACUCCAAAAUAACUAGGGCUUUGCUCAAUGAACUGUCAACACUGGCAUAAGCUGUAAUUGUGCUCACUGUCCACACCAGAGCUUGGGAUUUUUCUCAGUCUGAUGGCCACGUACAUGGAGAGCUGACCAAAACUAAUUUUGUAAUAUAAACAUAAGCUGCACAUUUGGUUCAAUACUUACAUCUAUGUUAUGCUUCUGUGCAAAGCAAUUUCUCUCAGAAGUCUGAUAGCCAAAGAAAUGUCUCAAGAUUUCAGUCAAAUACACACAUGGCAUGCACACACCCAUAAACACACACACAAAGAAACAGGCUAAAAAGAAAGUGAUAGCAACUGGAUCAUUAAAGGCCAUCGUGUAUCCUGUUAAUCUCAUCUUUUCUGCUACUUCUUUCACUCCAAUAGCGAUGGCAGACUUUUUUCAGGGGGAAUAAUUACUCUCCGGGAUAUAUAAAUGGAGCAGAAAGGUGGUGGGCAAAUUUAAACAACUGGAAUUGGAGGCCAGGUUCUUCAGGGGAAAGGAAGUUUGAAGAAGCUUCCACCAAAAGAAAAAAAUAUAGAAGGAGCUUAUCUAACACAUCAGAAUAGCCUACAAUGUGAGAACUAGAGGAUUAUUUCCUUUAAAAAAAUAACUUAAAAGAUCUGUGGGCCACAAUAACCUAAUAGGCAAGAAGGACAUGUUGAGAUGUGAGGACGGCUGUGCAGGUGAGCACUUGGCACCUGCCACUGUUGUUUUCACCCAGGUACAGGCAGAUGGUGUUCCAUUAAAGGAGCAGGCAAAAGAGAGCUGUCAAUUUGCUUGCUGUUGAAAUGUAAAUAUUUAUGCAUAAUUUAUAAUCAUGCUAAUGUAUUAUCUAGAAGUAAGUUGUGACAUAAAAAGAGAAACCCAAUCUCAAGUUGCCCAACUGAUUAGAAAUGCCAUCUCCUUCCCCUAAUACACUUCCUCUCCCCGGGGGGCUUGAGUUUCUUCUGUUGGCUCCUUUGCUGUUUGUGUAAAUGCUACAGUAUAAUUGUCCCCUCCAAUGAUUCAUGCAGCAAUCAAAAGACUACCAACAAGGAAACUCUAAAAGGAAUCCUGGAAGUGGAACAAGUCACUCGUAAAGGUGUUUCCAUUUUACCAGUCAAUGCUAACUGGACCACAGCUAACUUGAUCUUCAAUGCCAACAUCACAGAGCCCCUUUCACCACCUCAAAAACUGCACAAAUAUGGACAACCCAGAAACCCAAAACUUUAUUGAUUAAAACAGAUUUUGGAUUCUCCUAGGACCUGCUCCAAAUUCCAUCAAGAAAAGCUCCCUGCGAAGAGAAGUUAACAAGAUAACAUAUGACGGAUGCUAAAUAUUUAAAUAUAUGCCGGCAGUGGUUACAUAAGGUCUGCUCAGUUCUGAGAUCUAUAAUUGGGAGGGUCUAACUAGGACAGGGAAAAUAUAAAAUAAAAGUAAUCUUCCAGAGUGGAACAAAAAAGAAAUAUAUUCAUCCCACAGUCAUAACACCAUUCAUGUGCAGUGAUUUUUUUAUAGUUUUAUAAUUUUGUAUUGUUUUAUAAAUUAUUUAUAAAGUGUUGUAAUGCUUCUUAUAUUAAUUUUUUACAGAUAAAUUUUUUGCUACAAGGCAUAAAAAGGUGCCUGAACAGAUUCUUAGGAAUAUAAAUUAUACUGUGUAACUCAUAAGUCUUUGGGACCACACCUACUGCUUAAUUUUAUGAUGACAUUUCUCAUGUCUACUUGUAAACAACUUCAUAUGCCAAUAGCGUUUAAGUGUCUUUUAUGUUUCCAUGAACUGAAGGUUAAGGUUGCCACCCACAAAAAAUAAAAGCCACUUUGGGCAUAUGUGAUUGUA